AUGGACUCGAGGAAAUCAGAGCAGCAGGUACGAAGUACUCAACAAGGGAGGAUUGAUGUGGAGUCAUUACGCGAAAAGAUUAAAGAAGAACUGCAGGUAUCCAGUGCCACAAAUGUAAACAUGUCUGAACUGGCUGAGAAGGUUGAUGAACUCGUGGAGAAGAUCAUAAGUUUGGAAAGUGCAGUGCAGUCUCAGAAUUCUUAUGUUAACAGAUUAAAGGCAGAGGCGAAUGAGCUUCAUGAACAUCUUCAUAGAGUAGAUGACGAGAAGGAGAGUUUGAUUCAAGACUCUGAGAACAUGAAUAAGAAGAUAAGAGAACUCGAGAAAGAGCUUCAGAGAGUUCUGAAUCUAAAUCAUAAAGUCAACGACCACAGCAAUCAUAUCCAAACUCGCAUUGCCGAAGCAAGUUGCAGGCUAGAUGACCUCGCUGGGAAACUGAUAAAUGUUUUGCCAGACGAAGAGACAAAUACUACUGCUGCUUCUGGCCAAGAGCAGCUUCAGGUGCAUAAAGACCUUUCAGCAAAUAAUAGCAAUUCCACUGUCUCAGGUGUUCAAAUGGCAGAAGACAACCUAAAGAAAGAUGGAAAUAGUGAGGUGAUUCCAUCUACCAGUCCAAAGGAGAUUCAAGCACAUGAUGCCAUACCGGCUGCUCAGAGCACUUUGGCCAUCUCAGGGGUUAAAUCAACUGAAGAGAAGCAGAUGAAAGAUGGAAAUCCAGAACAAGGUACUUCUGCUCUCCACAGCUUAAUGAUAACCACAAAUUUUAUUUCACUAACCCAGUGUACUCAUGCAGGAAUUCAUCAACACUCGAGGACACAAGUGGAGAAAGAUGAACCUGUCAAAGAAGACGAUCAGCCAAAUUGGAAAGAGUUAUUUUUAAAUGGUUUGGAUGACAGAGACAAGCUUCUACUAGAUGAGUACAUAACUGCACUGGGAAAUUACAGGGACGUAAAGAACAAGCUUAACGAAGCAGAGAAGAAACGGAGGGCUAGCCAAUUCCAAUAUGUUGUUCAGGUAAAAGUUCUGAAGAAUUCUAAUGCCUUGAAGGAUGCACAGAUUCAAUCUCUGCAGAAGAAACUUCAAGAGAACCAUUUGGAAUCUCCAAAGUCGAGUGAAAGUACAGUGAAAGCCAGCUUGGACACUAGAGAUGAACCCACAGAUGUCCGUCACAGACUAACCCUCUCUGAAUUAUUACAUGAUUCAAUCCUUAAAGAAACAGCAUCUCAAGAAAAGAGUAAAGGUUAUCCUGCCGGAGAAGAAACAACAUCUCAAGAAGAGAUUAAGUCUCCAAGCACCAAAGAUGAUGAAGAAGAUAUCAUCCCUGAGGUGCUCAGUGUUGAAGAGCCUCAAUGUUUUUCAGCAAUUGAAGAAAAGAUACGCACGGAUAUUGAUGACCUAUUGGAAGAGAACAUACAAUUCUGGCACAGGUUUAGCAACGCUUUCCAGCUGAUACGAAAAUAUGAAACUUCAGUCGAGGAUUUACACACUGAGCUGCAGGAUGCCAGAGAAAAGGCCAAGCAAGAAGGGAAUAAUAAACCCAUGUCACUACUCUCAGGAGUCCGGCCUAUAUACAGACACCUGAGAGAAAUACUGAGCGAAUUAACGCUAUGGCUGGAAACCAAUGCAGUUCACAAAGAUGACUUACAGAACAGGUUGUCAUCUCUUUCCAACAUUGAAGAUGAGAUAACGAUGUUGUCAAAGGAAGGGGCUGAAGGGGAAGAACCAGAGCUGGGUACCUAUCAAGCAGCAAAGUUCCAAGGUGAGAUUCAGAAUAUGAAACAGGAGAACAAAAAGGUUGCAAGCCAGCUGGAAGCAGGAGUUGAGCUUGUGCACAAGCUGCAAGACGAUAUUAAUAAGACAAUAUCAAAACUUGAUGAAGAAUUUGGAUUCAAAAAGGAUAACUCAUCAAGUCGUUCCAGGAUUCCCUUGAGAUCCUUCCUGUUUGGAGUGAAAACGAAGAAACAGAAGCCAUCAAUCUUUGCAUGUGUAAGUCCAGCACUGCAGAGACAGUAUAGUGAUAUAUUUUUACCAGAAUAG